AUGAGCCUGGAAACAGGCGCUUCACUUAUCACGUUGUCGCUGCUACUAAACAAAAUCAGUGGCCUGUAUGGCCUGCUGGCUCUGUUGACCGGCUACCACCUUUCGCCCGUGCAACUGUCUAUGUACUUGUACUCCCUCGUCGCCCUCGGCCUCGCCACCCUCCUCUUCCCGCACAUCCGCAAACAAUCGCCCCUGCAGUGUCUCACCCUUGCCUGGCUGUAUUUAAUCGACAGUUUGGUCAACGCCGCCUACACGGCUGCUUUUGGCGUGACUUGGUUCGUCUUGGUGUCACAGCAAUAUGACGGUAGCGCCGCCACCUCCAGCCCCGGCAAGGAGACGAUCGAGCAGACUGCCGGCUUCACCAGCCCCAAAUAUGACGCUGCCUACGUUGAGAUUCAGAACACCAAGGAGGGCAACAACUUCGUCGCCCACCCGCCCCGUAGCGCCGACCAUCUCAGCAACGCCGUCCUCCAACCCGAGAGUUUCCAGAGUAUCAUUUUCAUCACGCUGCUGUGGAUGAUGCGCGCCUACUUUGUCCUGGUGAUGCUUGCCUUUGCCCGCCAGACCCUUCGCCUCUGGAUCGCCCUCCCCCGUCACACACAACUCCCGACCCACAGCCGUAAUGCCUCGGUGGCCAGCAUGGCUGACAUCGACCGUGAGCCCUUCUCUCCCUAUAGCCCCGAUGGCCAAGGAUGGCAAGGCAAACUAGGCCGGGUCAUGAUCAGCAUCGGCCGUAACUACUGGCUUGGUGAAGAUGAAGACGGGAGCUGGAUGAAUGGCAUGGGCCACAAAUUCCGCAACCGCACCAACAACAGCGGCAACAACUCGGAGCUGCCGGGCCCUUUGGAGCGUGAGCGACGCCGUCGAUCAGGAACGGGCCCCCCGCAGCCGUCUCGGUCGGUUGUUCGCUCGGCUGCCGCUCAGCAACCGAUCCACGAGCAUGCCCCGGGCAUGAACGUCAAGAUGCAAGACUGGACGGAGCAAAGAUAA